CCGCCCCCCCCCGGUCUCCCUCAGACUCGAGAGGCCACGGCCCGUGCCCGCCCGUGAGGCCGUCGCUGGGCCUUGCUGCGCUCAUAGAGGCCCCGGUCCUCCGCUGCGUCUGGUUGCUUAGGGACUGGGCUGAGCACCGUGCUGCAGCCCCGCACCCACAACCCCUGCCCAGGCUCAGGCCUGCCUCUCCACGCUGGGGUUCUGGGGACAGAGCUUAGGGAGGGCCGUGGCCUCCCAGUCUCAUUCUCUUGUGCUGCCCACUGGGGAAGGCCUCAGCACGGCCCCAGGAGUUGAGUGUUGCCGUGCCCCAAACUGGAGCAGUAAUGCUUUGGGGUUUGUAGGGCCACAGAGAUGGCUGGGGCCUGAAGUAUCUCCCAUAUGAAGAAAGGCUGAGAGCCCUGGGGCUGUUCACCAGGAGAAGAGAAGGCUGAGGGGGGAUCUCAUCACUAUUUGUAAAUAUCUGAAGUGCGGGAGACAAGUGGAUGGGACCACACUUUUUCAGUGGUGUGUAGCAACAGAACAAGGGGCAACAAGGAAAAACUGCAACACAGGAAGUUCCAUGCAAAUAUGAGGAAGAACUUCGUUCCUAUGAGAGUGCCAGAGCCUUGAACAAGCUGCUUAGAGAUGGGGAGUCUCCUCUGGAGACGUUCAAGACCGUCUGGACACCUUCCUGUGCAAUGUACUGCAGGGAACUGCUUUAGGGGACUGGGGGAGCUCCAAAGGUCCCUUGCAACCCCUACGAUUCUGUGAUUCUAUGACUCCAUGGUCUUCUUCUGAUCUUCUCCAAAAUAACGAAGUCGUUUUAGCCAACCAAACGAAAGAACACUCUUUCAAUGAAAUAAGAGUUUUAGUUGAUAACAAAGUGUUCUAUUGCAAAUGUUUCCCUUGAUCUAAGUGGUGUGGAUGACUGAAACCAGAGUGGGACUCAUUGAAACCACCUCUCAGCCAGGCAAACACCUUCAUCUCUUAUCAAGGUUCUGUAGUCAUAUGAUGUGUGUUUGUACUGGUGCCCAGGGCACUGGGCAGCCUUUAGGGGGCCAGGAGGAGGUGUGGUACUAUCGUCACAGCCCAGGCUGCAGGACAGGAGAACUCACUGCCUCACUGCUGCACACGCUGCCGGUGACCCUGCAGCACUUGGCAUCCCUCAGGCAAGCAGGAAGAGCCUCCAAGGGGCUGAAGACACAGUGGGGCAGUCACCGGGUGACCAGCACUGUUCCUCAUCCCACUGAGGGGCCACUGAGCCCACUGCUUGCCACGUCUGUCCUUCUGACGGAGCUGAACUUUUCAGCUUGGUCAGGAGAAGCCCAGGGACAUCCAUCAGGUGCGGUGCGCCAGGAGGAGCAGAGCCAGGGCAGAGAGGAGGAGGCACAGGGCACGUGAGUGGUGGCGAUUCGGACCUAAUAGGGUUUCUUUGCGAGCAGGGGGAGCAGCUGAAGCUGGUUCCCCCAUACAGGCUCAUGUGGGUGGCUGACCAUUUGUGGGCUGACAUUGGUGCUUUUCUUGAUUCUCUGCUGAGCUCCUAUAAGCAAUGCCUGAUAAAAGCUGAGCUCAGGUCACAGCCUCCCCUUUUCCUGGGGAGAUUACGAAGACUUUGACUUCAGGUUUAUUUCCAUGUGAGCAGGGAGACCUCAAGGGCUCUGACCUCUGUGCUUUCUGCCAGCCUCUGUUCAGGGGCAGACAUGCACAUGCUGUCAGAUUAUCACAGUUGGAGCAGGGUCACCUCCAGGGCUGGAUGGUGAUGCCCUACCUGUCUGGGCUGCAGCAAAGCCUAUGGGGCUCUACAUCUUGGUGGUUACAUCCCACCAAUGCUGCGGGGAAGCCAAUGCUGCAUGAACCAUAUAGUUCUUAAAUAGUACGGCCGUGUGUGGCCGUAAGGCUGGUGGGAGAUGCAGGGAUUUUGGCUUGUGUCUCUUCUGCGUGCUGGCCUGGAGUGUGGGAUGCUGGUGAAACCACACUGAGUUUCAAGGGGAUGAACUGUAGUCACAGCCAUACACAUUAUGGCUCAAACUUCCAACCCUCAUAUCGGUCAAAAUUAGCUUUGCAGGUUGUAUUGCGUAGUUUCUCUCCCUGCCUUGCAGAUAAAGAUGCUCUUUACGAUUUCAUUCUGCUUUUGUUUGGGUGCAUCACUUAAGCUAAUGCCAGUCCUUCUGAGGACAUGCAGGUGUUGAGACAAUGAGCCAAGGAGAACAGUAGAAAUUCAUACAGGUCAGGGUCAAUGCUAGAACUUCUCAGCAAAGAUCCCUCUUGGCUCUGUCUCCAGCCCUGCCAAGUCCUGGCAUGCCGACAGGUCUCCCUUGGAGUGGGCUACAGGCUGACACAGCUGCCAGGCAAAGAAGGGUUUCAGACAAGGACCAAUUUGGUGGUGGCUUCUGCCAUUGCAGGCAGAGCCAGCAGGGCCUGACCACGUGCAAUCUCAUGUUGUCAGAACUCAAACCCACUGUGGAUUAAAACAAGCAUCUCACGCUCUCUGUGGAACCUAAAGAUGAGCUCACAACUGUCUGCACUGCUGAUGGGGCAUGAAGGUGUUUGAGGCAUCUUUUCACUUCCCAAGUGCUGAGCUCUGUUUUUGCUCAUCUGUGCUUGCCUUGCUCUUUGCAUUAGGGCUCCUGGAAAGUGGUGGCAUGGCUCGGAAGAUGAGCAUCGAUGAUCUGGAGGACCAGCUUCUCUGCCCCAUCUGCUUGGAGGUCUUCAAGGAGCCCCUGAUGCUGCAGUGUGGGCAUUCCUACUGCAAGUCCUGUGUGCUGUCACUGUCUGGAGAGCUGGAAGAGCAGUUCCUGUGCCCUGUGUGCCGCAAAUCCGUGGACUGCAGUGCUUCGCCACCCAACGUCACGCUGGCCCGUAUCAUUGAGGCACUGCAGAGCCGGGGCGAGACAGAGCCCACCCCAGAGUCCUGCCCAACGCACCACAAUCCGCUCAGCCUCUUCUGUGAGGCUGACCGAGAGGUGAUCUGUGGGCUGUGUGGCACCAUUGGCAACCACCAGCAGCACAAGAUCACCCCUAUCUCUACUGCAUACUGCCGGAUGAAGGAGGAGCUGUCUAUGCUGCUAACUGAUGUCCACCGGUGCAAGAGGAACCUGGAUGAACAGUUCAGCAAGCUCAUCAACAACAAAAUCCGUAUCGCGAAUGAGGCAGAUGUCUUCAAGUGGGUGAUCCGGAAGGAGUUUGAGGAGCUGCACAGGUACAUCGAUGAGGAGAAGGCCACCUUCCUGGAGAGCGUGGAGGGGAAGGCAGCCCAGCUCAUCACCUCCAUUGAGUCCCAGGUCAAGCAGACAUCAGACACCCUGCAGAGGCUGAAGGAGAUGCAGAGCAUUCUGGAGACACUCAGCAAUGAAAGCCAACUUGAUUUCAUCCGUGUGAGUGUGCUCACCAGUGACUGCCUCAAGAAGGUGGCAAGGGUCAGUGAUGCCAUCUUCAGUCCUGUAUCCUUCAAGCCUUGUUUCCACCAAGAUGACAUCAAGAUGACUGUAUGGAAGCGGCUGCACCGCCACGUCCUGCCAGCUCCAGAGAUGCUGAAACUGGACCCGGUGACGGCACAUCCCAUGCUGGAACUCUUCAAGGGUGACACGGUGGUGCAGUGCGGGCUGUACCAGCGCCGGGACAGCAACCCCAAGCGUUUUGACUCCAGCAACUGCAUCCUCACCUGCAAGGGCUUCUCCUGCGGCCAGCACUACUGGGAGGUGAUUGUGGGCACCAGGAACCAUUGGCGCGUGGGCAUCAUCAAGGGCACGGUCAGCCGCAAAGGGAAGCUCAGCAAGUCUCCCGAGAACGGUGUGUGGCUCAUCGGCCUCAAGGAAGGGAAAGUCUAUGAGGCCUUCAGCACCCCGCGGGCCACGCUGCCACUGACCGCCCGGCCGCAGCGCAUCGGGAUCUACCUGCACUACGAGAGGGGCGAGCUGACUUUUUACAACGCCGAUAAUCCCGACGAGCUCAGCCCCAUCUACACCUUCCAAGCAGAGUUCCAGGGCCAGCUCUACCCCAUCGUGGACCUGUGCUGGCCGGAGCGAGGGCCCUUCUCCCCUCCCAUCAUUCUGCCCGCGCCCGCUGCCGGCCGGCACCCCCAGGGGCCCCCCGCGGCGGAGGAGCCCACCAAGCUGUAAGGCGCAGCACCGCGGCCGUCCUCAUCCCCGAAGCGCAGAGAGCCCGGCCCUCCCGGCACAGCUCCCAGCGCAGGGCCCCGCGCCGCCGUCCCCGCGUCCUGAAUAAAGCUGGCGUUGCGCUGCCCACGCCGCGCUGCUGCGAAUGAGCGCGGGGAGGGGGCCGGGACCACGGCGAGGGGCGGGGCCACACGGCGAGGGGCGGGGCCA